AUUGUGGCCCCCUUCCACGUCUCGAUGCGGGGAGCAACGCAGUCAGGCCCGCAUGUAAUGUGGGAAGCAUCAGCCACAACAAAUCGGAACGGGCUCCUCAAGAAAGUAUGAAACCUGCAUGUCGUAUUUAAGGGGAACUGAUGAUGCCUUUAACCACACGUGCACAUGUAGUUCCACAAGCGGACCGCAAGGCGGCGUCAUUCGCUUUCCUAGUUGUAUCCGGGUCACGGACUUCUCUCCUCUCCCCGCACACGUUCGCUGUGUUUGUUCUAUGGGUUUUGUUCGCGUGGACUAUAGUUUCCGCUGACACGAUGUAAAACGCACAAUGUGCUGGCUGACUGCGGUCCGGGGACAUAUGGCGUCCAGGUGGUCACGUGGAAACGCACCUGGGAAGCCAGAGUAGGCUUUUCCUCACAAUGAAGUUCGCCUCCUAAUAUUUUCAUUCAGUUACUAGCGUAUGUGGAAUCAAUGUCAGUUAAGCUUUGACACACAGACACACUCAUUUAAAUAACCUUUUCAUAUCUAGCGUAGCUUUUUUGUGUGUGCGCGUGUGACAGCCGAACUACUUUCAGUUCAACCCCACACAACCCAACGUGGAUGAGUUGUCCUUAGCUCACGUGGGGCAGAUUCUCACGCUAUCGCUGAAGACAGCGAGCUUUGUCCUUGACGUCAAGGAGGCCGGCUCGUCCCUGGAUCGACUGAACUAAACCGCAGCCCCCCAGUAGCUGCUGGCUGAUCUUCUGGAUGUGUCCCAUCGUGCAGCCCCGCCCUCAAACCCCGGACCCGGCUGCCGCCUGUCAGCCGCCCCGAGGAGCGACAAACUUCACACAGCGGUCCGUGUUUCCAGUCGCCGGAGGGAAGAAAAAUGUUGGAUCGGUUCGAGUCAUGAGACUGGGCAUGACGGUGAGGCCCGAGCUGAGGGUGUGACCACAUCAGGCUGAAACUGCUGAAGUAAGCCGCCUCAACACAUUAAACCGUCUGCCGCAGCGGGGAAAAGAUGGGAAAGGCCGAGGAGGAGACGGAUAACGUGGGGAAACUGUUUGAGGACUUUGUUCAGGCCUCGACCUGUAAGGGGGCCCUUCAGGCCUUCAACGUCCUCUGUAGGAAGCUGGACAUCGAUCCUGCGGAGAAUGACACCUUCUACAGCAGUCUGAAGGCGAAGGUCACCUCCUGGAAGGCCAAAGCUCUGUGGAGUAAACUGGACAAGAGGACGUCCCACAAGGAGUACAAGAAAGGCCAAGCAUGUGCGGGCACCAAGUGCCUAAUCAUUGGAGGAGGCCCCUGUGGCCUGCGGACAGCCAUCGAGCUCGCUUUGUUGGGAGCCAAAGUGGUGGUGAUUGAGAAGAGAGACUCGUUCUCCAGGAACAACGUGCUGCACCUUUGGCCCUACACCAUUCAUGACCUGCGUGGCCUCGGGGCCAAAAAGUUCUACGGCAAAUUCUGCGCAGGAGCCAUAGACCACAUCAGCAUUCAGAAGCUGCAGUGCGUCCUCCUGAAGAUCGCUCUGAUUGUUGCAGUGGAGUUUCACAUCAAUGUGGAGUUUGUGAAGCUUUUGGAACCUCCAGAGGAUCAGGAAAAUGAAGGGCUCGGGUGGAGGGCUGCGAUCCGACCUGCGGAUCACCCUGUGGCUAACUUUGAGUUCGAUGUUGUGGUGGGGGCUGACGGACGCAGGAAUACUCUGGAAGGUUUCAAAAGGAAGGAGUUCAGGGGAAAGCUGGCGAUAGCCAUCACAGCCAACUUCAUCAACAGGAACACCACUGCGGAGGCCAAAGUAGAAGAGAUCAGCGGCGUGGCCUUCAUCUUCAACCAGAAGUUUUUUCUUGACCUCAAAGAGGAGACAGGUAUCGAUCUGGAGAACAUUGUGUACUACAGAGACAACACACAUUACUUUGUCAUGACUGCAAAGAAACAAAGCCUGCUGGACAAGGGAGUCGUCAUCAAUGAUUACGUAGACACCCAGAUGCUGCUGAGCAGUGAAAAUGUCAACCAGGAAGCUCUUCUUUGCUACGCCCGAGAGGCUGCUGACUUUGGCACCAACUACCAACUUCCCACGCUGGAUUUUGCCAUGAACCACUGCGGGCAGCCGGACGCAGCGAUGUUUGACUUCACAAACAUGUACGCCUCUGAGAAUGCUGCUCUGGUCAGGGAGCGAUUUGGACACAAGCUGCUGGUGGCUCUGGUUGGCGACAGCCUGCUCGAGCCCUUCUGGCCCAUGGGGACCGGUUGUGCCAGAGGCUUCCUGGCUGCCUUUGACACGGCCUGGAUGGUAAACAGCUGGGCUCAGGGUCGGACAGCGCUGGAAGUGCUGGCAGAGAGGGAGAGUAUUUACAGGCUACUUCCCCAGACAACACCUGAAAACAUUGCCAAAAACUUUGAUCAGUACACCAUAGACCCUGGGACUCGAUACCCCAACCUGAACUCCGCUUGUGUCAGGCCACACCAGGUGCGUCACCUGUUCAUCAGCAAAGAGCUGAAUCCCUGCUCUUUGGAGCGUGCUGCAACCAUACGUCGCCCGGUCAAUCUCUGCAGACAAAAGUCAGAGAUCAGACCAGCGAGGCUGCUUACAUGGUGCCAGAAACAGACGGAGGGCUAUAGGAAUGUGAUGAUAACGGACUUGACGUCUUCUUGGAAAAGCGGUAUCGCUCUGUGCGCCCUCAUCCACAGGUUCAAACCCCAGCUGAUAGAUUUCUACUCCUUAAAAGAGGAAGACCACUCUAUCAACCUCCAGCUGGCUUUUGACAUCAGUGAGCGUGAAUUUGGGAUCAGAUCAUUCACAUCUGUGAAGGAGCAGGGUGCCGAUCAGGAGCUGGAUAAGACCGAGAUGAUCACCUACCUGUCCAAGUUCUACGAGCUGCUGCGUGGCACACCUUUACCUGCCUCAGGUUCCAGAGAUGUGGAUGAAAACAAUGAAGAUUAUCCAUCCAAGGAAGUCCGAAGCAAUAACAAAGGGCUCAACCUUGCUCUGCCCAGGAAACGGGUACCGAAGGAUGAAGAGAAGUCAGACGGUGCAGAUCCCAUUUACAAAAGGAGACGGAAAUUCUGCAGUUAUCUGGAGGAGGCCACCAAUUUGUCGAGUAAUGGCCCCGCAGUGCAAGAGGAGGGAGGGCCCAAGGAAAACAGAGUACGCUCCAUGGCUAAUCAGUUGCUGGCCAAGUUUGAAAGCACACCAAACUACAGCGUCCGGAGGACACAGUUGGAGGACAGUAUCAGUAAGGAAGCAGCACGCUUAGUGCGAUUGCCUUCAAAGACUCGGCCCAAAUCUCCCCUCCAGCCAGAAUCCCAACAUCCAUUUUCACUAGUGAGGCUCAGACAUGUUGAUCGGACGCAUACUGAGGCGAAGCCCGAGCCUCAGCCGGAGAGUGCAGACCCCCCUGCUUCCUCUUCUCCCUCCUGCCAAUCAGCAAUCCAUUUCAUGUCAAGAGUGCUCCGGCGCCUCAGGGAGGUGGACGAACACGUCUCUGAGAAAAAAGCUCAGACACAACAGGCUAGAGAGUUUCACUCAAAGAGUAUAAAGGACAAAGCUGUUCACCUUAGUGGGUUGUUCUCAUCAGAAAGCUCAGCUGCACUCGAGGGCAGCUCAGUCCGAAGGGCCUUCCCCCCCUCGGGUGACAAGUGUCACUCAUGCGCGAGGCGUGUUUACAUGGUGGAGAGGGUCUGCGCCGAGGGCCUCUACUUCCACAGGGAGUGUUUCCGCUGCUCCACCUGCAGCUCUGCCCUGCGACAGGGAGCACAUGCUUUCGACUCGGAGCAGGGACAAUUGUACUGCAAACUGCAUUUUGAUCAACGGAAAAAUGGAACAAACCUACAGAGGACUUUUUCUCUGCGUUCAAAUCGUUCCGGAGCGGGAGCUCAGGAGCGUUGUGUGGACGAUGGACAGGGCUCGGAGUCCAGCGGCACGGCGGACCCGCCGAGUGGAUCCUCAGCAGGUAUCUUCAGCUCGUUCGUGAGGAAACAGCUGAGCAGGCCCCUGAGUGCGAUUCGUGCCGUGUGCAACGCCCCCUGCUACCUGUCUCGCCGCGUGCGCAGUGCAGCACGGGCCCUCGCCGGCCACCUCAGGCACAAUGGCCACGAUUAUGCGUUCCUGUACGAGCUACUGAGUGUAGGUUUGCCCCUGCUGCUCGUACUCCACGAAGUGUUGCUGCAGAUGAACACAGAGGCUGUGCCUGACGGGCCCAGCUCUCUGCAGCCUCUACUGCUGUUGCUGCAGGAGCAUUUAGGGCAAAGGCUCAUCUAGACGCACAGCCGUCUCCAGCUGUUAGUAUUUGACCUCAAAUGCCAUUAAAUACGUGACUGCGCCAUUAGCAGGAGUUUUCUGGUGAUGAUACUAUUUGUUGCUAUGCACAAGCACCUUUUGUAUUGUUUACUUUUUUUUUGAGGAUACUGCUGUGUGUCUGAGAUGGACUCGUGUAUCAAAGAACAGACACUGUAGGUUGCUCAUGCAGCUUUUUUUUCUAAUUUCUACAGGGUUUAAGAAAGCGUCACCAAAUAUUUUUGCGGUCGGUUUGAUGUGGAAACUACAUAAUUUGCACAGUUGGAAUAAGGUAAAAAAAAAAUAGAUUCAGUGUAGUUAGAGUGAAAAUAAAACGGCCAGUAAAAACUUGCUGUAAAACUUUUUACAAAUUGAUCUUGCAGUUAAAAUGUCUUGACCGACUUACUUGAUGCACUUUAUCGUUUGAACUGCCUCGUCGGCGCAGCAGUAAACUGCCACAUUGAAAAGCAGGUUUAUGAGUUAACACUGACCACAGGGCUGGUUUUCUAUUGACUAUGCAUAUGUGCUCUUGCAAUGUGCUUUUUACUUUACUUUGAGUGUUUAAUGCACCUGUCAGUAGUUAUUUUCUUUUAUACAGUUACCAUUCGGUUUAAUUUUAUGAGCAGUUUUUAUAGAUUCCUGAAUGGAUAACACCAAGGAAUCCGUCUGGUGAGUUGCUCUCUCAGUAUUAAGAUUAAUUUGCUGCCAUCUACUGUUGACUUUUAGAAAAAAUAUGAAAACAAAAUGAGAUGCCCCGCUCCCCCCCUUUUUUCUGUAUAACAAUACAGUCAAUUUAGUUUUAAAUGAUUGAUUCAUGAAUGAUUUUCUGAUUUUCUGAUCUACUGUAGACAAUAGAAGCAGGUGAGCAUGCUGUGAUGUGUUUGGAUUAGCUUACUUCUCUUGCCUUAUUUGUAAAGUAUGUCAUUGCCUCUCAGACUGGAAGCUACACCGUUGCUUCUUACUCAGAUACACUAAUCUAAUUCAACGAUGCUUGUGACGCACUCAAAGCACUCAAAAUGAUACUGUCAUUAUUUUAUGUGCUGAAUAUUAUUUUCAUUAUUUGUUGUAAGCUGCAAAAUGUUUCAUUUAGUAAGUCUGCUGCAAUUGAUAUAAGCUGGUUGACCGAGUUUUAAGACACCAAAUAACUAUUUUCUUGCACACACUGACUAGAACUGUGUCAUAUUUACUUUAUACAUAUGUGGGAAGACAAUACAGCAUGUGUAAUAGUGUAAAAAAAACAAUAUUGUUUUCGUUAUGAAUGCCAGUAUUUUACUUUUUUUUCAUAAAACCUUCAGCCUUUAUUUGUGUCUGUAUGUUCUCUGUUUUAGAUCUUUGUUCUCUUUUCCUCUUGUUCAGCUGAAACCUUUUAUGAGUGUGAGCCAGCUUGAUGACUGGGAGAAAUGACAUUUUAAAGGUGAUCACCUGCAUGGUCACGUCGCAGUGUGUCAUACUUGUGAUGUGGCUCGAGAAACUGACGAUAUUUGACUGACCAAAUGUUUCUGAUAUCACAAAACGACAUUGGUGAAGUGAUUGCAAAUUUUUGCUUUUAGUUUUGACGUAACUCGACUCAUAACUAAUGAGCGGCCUCAGUGAUUUUUAUCCUUUGGCUGUUUUGGGAAUGGUACUAACUAAGCCUGUUUCAAAACUCCUAAUUUGCUGUCUACAUCUACUACAUCUAGUGGUUCAAAUAGUAUGAAUACUGAGAUUAAAGUCUGAUUUGAGAAAUAGCACUUGUAAAGAUACCAAGGAAACCUCACAUCGGGCUCAAUUUUGUCUCUUUUUGCCCUUUCACUUACGGUUUCUUCUCAAAACCUUUUUCAGAUCAAAAUCAGUUCUGUUAGGAUUUACCAAUUGUUAAAAAGGUGCACAAAGGUACAUUCUCUCUUAAAGCUUUUGAUUGCAUCACAGAAGUUAUCAAGGUUUUGCAGAUGUUUGAAGUUUUAUGUCUCUGAGAACUUCCAAUGUCCACCUUUACAGACUACGGUUUCCAGGUGAGUAAUAAUAUUUUCUUAAAAUUGUAACCAAUAAAUUCUCUUCUGCUUGAGAGCUCAAUCCAAUGUAAUUCUUGUCAGGUUAAUUGCCAUAUAUGGGUACGAACACUAGAAUAGCCCUUCUGGAAACCAUUAGAUCCUAAAUGUGAAUAUGUUUUUUUCUCUGUUCGUGAGAAUGAGCAUUACAAUAAGCCCCCUCCUCCCUACUUUUUAAUAAAAGCAAACAAAGUUUUUCACAGUUCCUGUUAAACUCACCUUGCAUGAGUGUGAACCAGUUUCCUGGUUUAAAACAUUUUUUAUAUUUCCAUGAUGAUCUGAGAAUAACUGCAAAGAACCAGCAACAUUCAUAGAAACCCCGCCGUUCAGAGUGUGCAUUGAUCUCUGUGAAUAUGUUUUCACUUCACAACUUCCUGGUUUAUAAAACCCAUUAAGUGCAUUUCUGUAUGUACUGUGAUGGAAAGCGUUCAGGGAUGAGGGCUCCAUUGACUUAAGAAACUAAGACAUGAUUCAACUCAAUCGAAAAAAGUCUUUGACUAGAUUCUGUUGAUGCUUCCAUUCUCUUUGAGAAAAUAGUGAUGGGUAAUUACACUUUAUGAAAAAGACAAUGUCCACCAUUUAUCAUUUCCACCAUGACUUCUGCCGCCACUACUGUUAUUAUGAUGAGAAUUGAAUAGGAUACACAUCUUGAAUUGAAUAUCUAGUGAUAAACAUUGCAAUAAUUGUUUCUUGUUGUUUUUCAUCCAGAAGCUACUACACAAGUGAGGUGUCACUUCACCCACAGAGGACUGAGAUUUAAGGAAUAAUUAAAAUUCUUCAUGCCGUUCAUGAUGUCUACAAUUGUUUGUAAUUAAUGCUGACUUCCUGAACCUCUGUAAAAUAUAUGUUCUGGUUUUGUAGAGUGAUUCCUGGAUUGCUUUUUGUCCCACCGUAUUUCUCAAUAAACGGUUGUCCGUUAUCUGACUUGAAUAUUUUCAAUUAUUUUAAGCUGGUUCAUUUUCACCGCCAAU